AUGGCUGCUCUUUUGGGAUUGAAUUUCGUCGUCUUGCACUUUGCAUAUUUUAUAAUCUUGCCUGCGAUCGGCAGUGUCAUAUUCUACACAGCAUCGACGCAGAUCCAUGAUCUCCGCUAUGUUGACGCGUUAUUCAUGACUUUCAGUGCCAUGACAGGAACAGGAUUGAACCUUGACUUAUCCACACUAAAUCUUCUUCAGCAAGGAAUACUGUUUACACUUUUAAUUUUUGGCCACGCCAUUCCUAUCCUCGCAUUCGUCUCCUUCUUUCAUGCCCGGUCUAUUCGUUCUGCCCAUCGAUGUGGCUCAACUCAGAAACAACAGAAACAAGGCGCAUAUGAAAAGUCAACAACCCAGAUACAGAUAAAGCAGCUUCGCCAAGAUACACACAAAGCUCCGUCCGUUCUAUGCUUAGCGUUGCCGAAGAUCAGUACUAAGGUUGAAGUAACGGAAUUAUCUACGACUAUUUCAUCACCUCCAGACCUUGGUUUCUCCAAAAACAGACAGGGUCUUGUUUUCGUCAACGGCUUAAAUAACAAAAAUCAUAAUGAACCGACGGCUCCCACCACACUUCUUUGCGUCAAAAAAGGCAUCUGCCGUAGAGUGAAUGCGGGAACAAUUCGCGUGGUUUCCAGGUUGAAGAGAAUUUGGCAACGAAGAAAAAUUACCUCCAACUUGGACCGAUCAAUAAGCUGGGACGAAGCAACGAAUAUAGAAUAUCAGGCAAUCCUUCUGGUGUCGACAAUCGUCAUUUUCUACUUUUUGACCCUUCUUUUUCUGGGGAUCAUCGGUCUCGGGCUGUGGUUUAAAUUCUAUCAUCCAGAUUUUUCGCACAGAAGUGGGCUCGGCCUUUUCUGGACUGGUGCUUUUCUAGCUACUUCUGCAUUCUCCAACAAUGGGAUGUCCUUGAUCGAUGCCAACAUGAUACCGUUUCAACGAGAGUGA